CCCUAGUAAGAGCCAGAUACUCCAUCUCUCUCCCUACUCUUACUUUUCCCUCACGUUUCUGUUUUCAGAUAUUAACAUCCAACUAAAAGGUAUGGGAACGAACGGGACAACAUGUUCAGGAACGAUGAAAGCAACCUCUAAUGGAGUCUUCCAAGGAGAUGAUCCUCUUCAUUACGCGUUGCCUCUUCUCAUACUCCAAAUCUGUAUCGUUCUUCUUCUCACUCGUGUUCUUGCUUUUCUCCUCCGCCCUCUCCGGCAACCACGUGUCAUCGCCGAGAUAGUGGGUGGAAUAUUACUUGGUCCAUCAGCUCUUGGAAAAAGCUCAAAGUUUCUCAACACAGUCUUCCCAGCAAAGAGUCUGACCGUUCUUGACACACUUGCAAACUUAGGACUCAUCUUCUUCCUCUUCCUCGUUGGUCUCGAGCUCGACCCUAAAUCCCUCAAGCGAACAGGAAAGAAAGCUCUCUCCAUCGCUCUAGCAGGAAUCACUCUCCCUUUCAUCCUCGGCAUAGGAACUUCGUUUGUUCUCCGUGGCUCCGUUGCUGAUGGUGUUAGCAAAGCUCCUUUCCUUGUCUUCAUGGGCGUUGCUCUCUCCAUCACUGCUUUCCCCGUCUUGGCUCGUAUUCUCGCUGAGAUCAAGCUUCUCACAACUGAUAUUGGGAAGAUAGCUUUGUCCGCUGCUGCGGUUAACGACGUGGCCGCUUGGAUUCUACUUGCUCUCGCGGUGGCUCUCUCCGGCGAUGGGAACUCUCCUUUAACUUCUCUAUGGGUCUUUCUAGCUGGUUGUGGUUUUGUCCUGUUCUGUAUCUAUGCCGUGCAACCGGGGAUCAAGUGGAUAGCUAAACGUUGUCCUGAAGGGGAACCGGUUAAAGAACAAUACGUGUGUUACACGUUAGGUAUUGUUCUUGCUGCUAGCUUUGUCACUGACUUGAUUGGGAUACACGCUUUGUUCGGUGCGUUUGUGAUCGGUGUUAUCUUCCCUAAAGAAGGUAACUUCGCGAACUCUCUUGUUGAGAAAGUUGAGGACCUUGUGUCAGGUCUUUUCUUGCCACUUUACUUCGUCUCAAGCGGUUUGAAGACCGAUGUUGCGACGAUACAAGGAGCUCAGUCUUGGGGGCUUUUGGUUUUGGUUAUUUUUACUGCUUGUUUCGGUAAAAUUGUCGGCACGGUGGGGGUUUCUCUUUACUGCAAAGUUCCACUUGACCAGUCGUUAGCACUCGGUUUCUUGAUGAACACGAAAGGUCUUGUUGAGCUCAUCGUCCUUAACAUUGGUAAAGACAGAGGGGUUUUGAACGACCAAGUCUUUGCUAUAAUGGUACUAAUGGCUAUAUUCACUACGUUCAUGACGACUCCUUUGGUUUUAGCGGUGUAUAAACCGGGUAAAUCCAUAACCAAAGGCAAUUUCAAGAACCAAACUGUCGAGGAAACGAACCAGUCGAACAAACCGCUCCGUCUCAUGUUCUGUUUCCACAGCAUAAUGAACAUUCCCACCAUAGUCAACCUCAUAGAAGCGUCCCGAGGCACGAACCGUAAAGAAAGCCUAUCAGUCUACGCGAUGCAUCUGAUGGAGCUUUCCGAGAGAUCAUCAGCUAUACUAAUGGCCCACAAGGUCAGAAAAAACGGUCUCCCUUUCUGGAACAAAGACAAACCUGGAACUAGCUCUUCCGACAUGGUGGUGGUUGCAUUCGAGGCUUUCAGGAGACUCAGCCGUGUCUCUGUCCGUCCAAUGACGGCGAUCUCAGCGAUAUCGACUAUACAUGAAGACAUAUGCCGAAGCGCUGAACGCAAAAGCGUCGGUAUGGUGAUUCUUCCGUUUCACAAGCACGUUAGGCUGGACAGAACAUGGGAGACGACUAGGAACGAUUACCGUUCGAUCAACAAGAAGGUUAUGGAUGAGUCUCCAUGUUCUGUCGCGAUUCUUGUUGAUCGUGGUCUUGGUGGUACGACUCGUGUCGCGUCCAGCGAUUUCUCGUUGGCUAUAACGGUUUUGUUUUUUGGAGGGAAUGAUGAUCGCGAGGCGUUAGCGUUUGCGGUGCGUAUGGCGGAACAUCCUGGUAUAACGUUAACCGUUGUUCGGUUUAUUCCUAGUGAGGAGUUUAAACCGGAAAAUGUGAAGCUAGAGAUAACCGAAGAUCAAGCCGGUUCUUGCUCAGGGGAGACCAGAUUGACUGAUAUAGAAGCUAUUACCGAACUUAAAGCAAAGAUCAAAGAACAAGACACCUCUCGUUCUGAUUCUGAUUCUGUAUCUCAGAUCGUUUACGAAGAGAUAAUCGUGAAAUGUCACGAAGAAGUUUGUGAGGCUAUCAAAGAAUAUUCAAGAAGCAAUCUUUUCUUGGUGGGGAAGUCACCUGAUGGUUCAGUUGCGUCGGGACUAAACGUGUUAAGAAGCGACACGCCAGAGCUUGGUCCGGUCGGGAACUUGUUAACGUCAAGUGAAAGUGUUUCGACGGUGGCCUCGGUGUUGGUGGUGCAGCAGUACGUAGCAAGAUGUGAUUCUCAUGUCGUGGGAGUUUUGAAGAGCGCCACGGAGGAAGAAUCACCGGUUAAGGAUACCGAGAGUCCUUAGGGAAGUUUCUCUUUGGGAUUCUAAGGUCAAAACAUUUGAUUUUGUAUAAUAACAUCUGUUUCAUGUUGUAACAAAAAAAUUGAAUA